AUGAGAGGAUCAGUGAUAACGAAGAUGUUAAUUGAUCCAAAUGAAAAUAUGCCAAAUAUUAAGUAUGGAACAUUUCACUGUCAUAAUAAGCUCAAUGAUUCGCAGCCGUUAUUAGCGCCAGCAGCAGCAACAGCAGCAGCAACAGCAGCAAUAGUAAUAACAGCAUCAGUGCCACUAUUGCUUGGAAUGUUGAAUGGCCUCCAAACUGCGACAGCAUUCUCUCUCAAGUGUAAGGAAACUGCAAGAGGGCAGGAUGGAAUGCAACUUCGUAAUGAUGUAGAUUCAUUUGGUCGAGCGUGUAUUAGAGCCUGUGAAGCAGCCAAGAGUUGCAUUCUGCCUCAGUUGCGUCAUGAAGGUGUUGAAUUUACGCGUCAUGCAUCACAGUUUAUUGGGUGUGUAAAUGCAUGUGUGGUUGAAAUGCGACGUUGCGCAGCGCUUGAGCGUACGUUCCCAAACGGUGAGCCAUGUAUCACCCAGCAACAAAUCGAACAUAUGGAAGAAAUGUUAGAAACGUUAGAAAAUUUGAUCACUGUACACUAUUCAACCAGUGAAUCAUCACCUGCCGAACGUGUCACGCCAAGAAGGCGACGUGCUACGAAUUGUCGACUCGCCUGUGUAUGCUCAAAAUUGAAAACCAGCUAUGCAUAG